UGCAGCUUGUUAGGACACAGACUCCAGUCACAAUGGAAAAGCAUGUGGUGAUUAUGUUCCUGUUUUACUAUGCCCAAAUCUCAUUAUGGACGAGUUCAGCGAUGCAAACCAACCAGACGGAUAGGCUCGCUUUGAUCUACUUCAGAGACAGUGUGGAUGAGGAUCUGUUCGGAGUUCUGAGCUCGUGGAAUGACUCUUCUCAUCACUGCGAGUGGCAAGGUGUUGUAUGCAGUGGACGGCAUCCCGAAAGGGUCGUGUCCCUCGACCUGACGUCCAAAGGCUUGGGCGGUCUUCUAUCGCCUCAUGUCAGAAACCUCUCUUUCAUGAGAAGCCUCGUUCUACAGAACAACAGCUUUCGCGGCGAAAUUCCACAAAGUAUUGACCAUUUGUUUCGCCUUCGCCGUCUCAACCUUAGUAACAACUCCUUCCACGGACAAAUGCCCACCAAUCUUUCUCAGUGCUCAAACCUUGAGAUUUUGAAUCUCAUUGAUAACCAACUUGUGGGCAAAAUUCCUGAUGAUCUCGGCUCUUUGUCAAAGCUUCGAGUUUUAGGUUUGGCUAAGAACAGUCUUGCAGGAUCUAUUCCUCAUUCUAUUGGAAAUCUCUCCCAACUUUACACGCUCUCCGUCGCAGAAAAUGGGUUGCAAGGAGAGAUUCCCGAGACAUUGUCCAAGCUUCGUGGUUUGAGGUUUGUUGCAUUGGCGUAUAACCAACUCACCGGUGAGAUCCCUCCAGCAAUCUUCAACAUCUCCGGCAUUUUCUACUUCAGCGCCGGUGACAAUCAAUUGAGAGGGAGCAUUCCCCCUUAUAUCGGCGAUACUCUUCGUCCUCUAGCUUAUCUUGAUUUUGCGAGCAAUUUGUUUACUGGCGUCAUACCUCCGUCCUUAUCGAAUGCCUCCGGCCUUCAGAAAAUCUACUUUUACUCUAACAGUUUUCACGGACGGCUGCCGGCAAAUCUUGGAAGGCUAAAAGCUCUUGAAAGAAUGCUCCUUGGUUUUAACCAGUUGCGAGAUGACUUCAGUUUCAUUACCUCAUUGACUAAUUGUUCAAGGCUGGAAACUAUUGAGGCGGACCGCAAUUUUCUUGAAGGUCCGUUGCCGGAUUCCAUUGGCAAUCUUUCCAACAGCGUUACAACAAUUUCUAUGUCGUCCAACCCAAUGUUCGGAACCAUUCCUCCAGGUAUUGGCAAUCUCUUCAACCUGUCCUUUCUUGGCUUGGCAAACAAUUCGCUCAGCGGUCGUGUUCCUUCUUCUAUCGGAGCACUCCAUAACUUGCACGUAUUGGAAUUAAGCGCAAACAUGUUAACGGGAGAGAUCCCGUCAUCGAUCGGCAAUUUGACGUUAUUGAAUCGCCUUCACCUGCUGUUCAACGACUUUUACGGGGAAAUACCGCAGAGCCUUGGUAACUGCAGGCAGCUAAUCAAGCUCGAGCUUUCAAACAAUAAUCUGAGUGGUUCAAUUCCAGAGGAGGUUCUUAGUCUUUCUACCAUUUCGAUUAUCUUCAGUUUGGCACAUAACCAGUUGAGCGGAUCUCUUCCGUCUCAAGUUGGGUCCUUGGCCAAUCUUGUCGAACUGGAUCUGUCUUACAAUAAGCUGACAGGACCAAUUCCUAGCUCCAUCAGCAAGCACAUUCGGGGCUUACGAGACUUGGAUCUUUCCCAUAAUGACUUCUCUGGUGAAAUCCCGAGCUUUCUCGUUCAACUUACGGAUCUAAAUUACUUGAAUCUAUCUUUAAACAAGCUCGAAGGAGAAGUUCCGAAGCAAGGAGUAUUUCUCAAUGCUAGUGCAGUGUCCGUCUUUGAGAAUAGUAAUCUCUGUGGAGGUAUUGCAGAACUAAACCUUCCUUCUUGCAAAUCGAACACCUCUAAACCAUUUUCGACCAAAAAAGUUAUAGUAAUCGCCACAGUGGCUGCCAUCCUGUCAGGCUUCAUUCUGUGUCUUUGUUUGUUUAUCAUUUGGUGCCGGAGAAAGAAGUUGAAAGAAAAUCUCUCUCCAACUGAAUUGCCGUUUGAACACCGAUUCUCGAGGGUCUCUUACGAGGAACUCUUUAGAGUCACCGAUGGAUUCUCUGAGAACAAUGUGAUCGGUAAAGGAAGAUAUGGUACUGUCUAUAAAGGAACUACACAGGAAGGUGGUUCGGUGGCAGUUAAAGUGCUCAACUUGGGCCACAGAGGUGCUUCGAAGAGCUUCGUCUCGGAAUGUCGAACCUUAGGGGCCAUAAGACACCGAAAUCUCGUGAAGAUAUUGAACGUGUGCUCAAGCGUGGACCAUCGCGGCAACGAUUUCAAAGCUCUAUUAUACGAAUACAUGGCUAAUGGGAGCUUAGAGAAUUGGAUACACCAAGGAAAUGAAGAAGACGUUAGGCAUGAACAUGAACAAGGACCACCAGGACAUUUGGGACUAAUGCAGAGGUUAGACAUUGCCAUUGACAUAGCUUCCGCGAUCGAAUAUCUUCACGAGGCUUGUAGCCCAAAGAUUGUACACGGAGAUCUGAAGCCGAGUAAUGUCCUUUUGGACAACGAAAUGAUGGGGCGUGUUGGCGAUUUUGGGCUGGCGAAGAUCAGCUCCGCCGCGACAACAGAGGCCAUGGACAUUGACAACCGUAGCAGCUCAGUGGCAGUGAGGGGUUCUAUAGGCUAUGUCCCUCCGGAGUAUGGCAUGGGGGACACAGUAUCCACGCAAGGUGAUGCGUACAGCUAUGGCAUUCUUUUAUUGGAAAUGUUCACCGUAAGGAGACCCACAGAAGAGGCUUUUCAAGGACCACUUGAAUCUCCACACCUUUGUUAAGGUGGCUCUGCCACACCGAGCCACGGAGAUUGUGGACUCGGCCAUUUGUAGUGGAGAAGACGAGCAGGAAACCGAGAGGAUGAGAGACUGCAUUGCCUCCGUCCUAACGGUUGGAGUUGCGUGUUCGAUGGAAUCGCCGCGGGAUCGGAUGGGCAUGGCGGAAGUACUCAAUGAACUGCACAAGAUCAGGGCUAGGUAUGGAGCCGAGUAGAGAGGCUUGGUUGAAGCAAGUUCAUAAAAAUUCGGAUGGUUCUAUUCUCUGUCUUAAUUUGUACUGUUUACCACUGGGCCAAAGCCAAACUCAUAUACUAGUUCAAUGUAUGUACUCUAUCGCACUAUUUUCUUUUUCUGAAUUUUCUGUUUCUAAUUUGCCUUAUUUCUAAUAAAUUUUAAGUAAUUCC